CUGGAAAGUUUCUCCCAGUUGCACGGAGUGGCUGUUUGCAAGCUACAGAAAGUCCCUCGUCAUUUGAACACAGAUGAAACGGAAGGGCAGAAGCCCCACGGAGCAGCAGCAUGAGGCUUGUGAUAUUUGGCUGGAUCCUUCGGCCUUCAAAAAACGUAAAAUGCAGACUCUAAUAGCUAAGUCUGCAUUAAGGGUGAAAAACAGGCCCUUGCUGUACCCUGGUUCAGAAAAAGUGCCGCUUCCCUUCACCAAGCAAACUACCAUCUCCACCUUCUUCAGGAGUCAGUCAUCAGAUGAAAAGAAAACCAACACAAACAGAGGGCUGUUGAGUAUCGCAUCGAAAAGUGACUGCAGUCUGCAAAGAUGUGAAUCACUUGAAGGGGAGAGAAGCCAGUUGGCAGCCUCGUUGUUUCCACCAAUUCAGGAAUUCAAACUCAUCCAGCAUUAUACCCAUCAGACCUCUGCUCAGAGUGACAGCAGAUCGAUGGCUCUGGCUAAGGAAAAAUCUACUGCAGAUGACAAUUUAGACUCCACCCAGCGCCCAGAAGCAAAUGGGGUGACUGAGCAUACUGCUGUUGCCAGUUCACCUUUGAGAGGGAAAAAUGGAGGCCAGAGAACAUUCAACACCCCUUAUUCUCUAACUAACCAAAACCGGAAGGCUCUGAGAAGAAAUGGAAACUGUUCUUCCCACAGCAAGAACCACUUGAGUGAUUCCUCAGAUUCUGAGAACAUUGAUUCUCGGUCAGAUAGAUGUGGCACAGCCAUGAAGUGGAAAGGCUUUAACCAAAACGGAACAGGGAUUCUCUCAGAAAUAGCCCUUUGCAGUUCUGAUAAAGGGUCCAAGAAUAGCCAGCUAGGAUGUGCCACCUCUUUGUUCAGUCAAGACUCUGAGGGCCACAGAGUAAUUUCUCACCGCUUUUCUGGAGAGCAAAGAAAACUUUGUUUGCCAAAACAGCCUCUGCAGGACAAAAGCAACCAAGGAGCCAGCCCAGCCUAUAGAGACUGCUUUGGGGCUUGUUUUCCUGCACAGAGUGGGCUCCAGCUAGCUGCAGGCAUGAACUUGCCUGCUCAAGCAGAGAAUAGACUGAAGUCAUGUUAUGACUUGCUAUUCACAGAGGAUUCAGAAGGCAAUAGAGUCAUUAAGCACUGA